AUGGUAGGAUUAAAGGUCGGCGAAUCCCAAUGCUUUCCUACAUCACGAGCUUCCCGCCGCGAGUCAGAGUGGUUUGACGUGGACCACGCAGUCGAGCAAGAGAAUACCACCAUGGAUGACCUGGAAGUUGUCCGUGCUUGGUUCACUAUCAAUCCCGAUUACCCACCAGAGGAUGUCGUCUGGCACCACAGCUUUGACGACGUCGUCAAAAUCAUAGUAUCUCUGCCAUGCCAGCGUGGAAACGAAGAGCUAGCAGAACUUGUCGUGCCCGAGUCUGAUGCGCAAAGGGUUCGCCGUCAAUUCAACAUUGAAACGUCUCUGCCGUUAGGCAGUAGAGACCCCAUGGUCCUCUCUCAGAAGCCAGAAAUCUUAGCUCUCCAAAGAUUCGAGGCAGGUCAAAAGCUUCGUGAGACAUAUCUUGCUUGUCAGGCGAAAGGCAACCUCGACGACCAAGCCCGCGCCUGGUUUCACCGACGACUCAAAUGGGUAUCCGAGGAGCUAGGUACGCUUCUAGAUAAUAUCCAGACCAUUUACCAGGGACCCCUGAUGCGAGAUGCCAAAAAUAAGGGUGUGGAAGAUCUGAUCCUAGCAGCGGUUUAUCUUGAAGAUCCUUGCAAUGCGUACGCUCUAGCGCCUCCCAGUCAUCGCCUGGAUGGUGCUAUCCAAGUCGACUUGGUCAUUCAACGGAGCGACUUUGCAGCUGUUUGCUCCGCAUAUCCGCCGGUGAAAUUCUCUCCCUUCAGCGACGGCGAUCCCUUAGUCUUCUCAUACCCAUGUGGAGAUAAUAGCACGAAAAGAGCUCUGGCCUUGAGCGAAGUCCUUUUCAGAUAUCGUAGAGUACACGGGAUCCGACAGUCCCAGGCCCAGGAACAGGGACGCAAGGAGAAUCACGACCUUAUCAGCUACUGCUUCAAGGGUGCUAUCCUUGUUGAACUAGCCGUUCGUGUGGGUGGUGGACCUAGGGUUCUUCUCAAAUACGGCCCUGUCGAUUUUGAUCCAAUGAGUGAUAAAGAUCCCGUGGUCCUCGCCCAACAAGCCGAGGAUAUGAAUGUCAAACGGGUUGCUGCUUAUAAAGAUUUGGCAGCAAGAGAAGCAAUUCCUUUGAGCCUGGAAGAACAUAUAAACUCUCAAGAAUGGGCCCAAGUCGACCUUGCCGUUGACCACCGUGGUGUUCAACGAGUUGGCCAGGUCUGUGAGCUACUCAAAUGCCAGAGGUUUGGUGACGAUGACCCGGUGAUCCGGAUGCAACCGGGUAACGACCCCCACAUGAAGAAAUUCUUUGGCUAUAAUCAUGUCAUUUGGCGAUAUAUAGAGGCGCGUAAGUUACGGCAGACCGACGAGGCUUUGACACAAUGGUACGAGGGAGAAAUCGGGGCUUUAGAAAGGUUCAUCGACUCAUUUCGAACUUCCACCCUUCGCCCCCGUGAUUCGGGCUCAAGUUCAGCAAGUCCGUGUGGCAAAGCUGUGACCGGAGAGGAGCUCUGCCCCUCUCGACUCCCUUCACCGAUGACACACCUCAACCCUAUUCCGAACAGCGAGGAUAUCACUCUGUCUUAUCCGACUGUCGUCGGUCCGUCCGUGGCGUCACCACUGGAAGCUGGUUCAAGUGGGCAGUCCAUGCUCUGGCCGGUCCGCACCCUUCAUGCCCAUAAUAUGGGAAAUGUUCAGAUCUCUGAGUCGUCUUCCAUUCGCGAGCAGAACAAUACUCUCGUUACCCCUCAUGUACAUAAUGUGUCCGGGGGAAUACUCGAGUCCGAGAUUGGAAAUCUCAAGCCUGUCUUUCCUGGGGCUUCCAGAGUUGAGUCCUCUCACGGCUAUGGACUCUCUGAGGGUCUUCCUGCCCAAGACUCUAAUGCUUCUGCGGAGUACCCUUUCAAGAUCAGUGACAAGGAAGCAGUUAACAGAUACUAUGAAGUUGGUUUCAAGCUUCUCCGUGUCGGUAACUGCCGCAUUCUGGCCGGCGCUCUUAUCAUGCACCUUGAACCUUAUGGUAUUCCUCUCUUGAUUCACCUUAUUCAUAACCCUAGCAUCGGCCCUGAUGACCUUGAACAAAUCAUUGACCAGUCCAAGGACCAGAUAGAGCCAGCCGAUAAACUCGACAUCCUCUAUAAUAUAUUGGCACUUCGGAGGAAAGAAGAGCAGUACAAUGCAGGAGUGAUCGGUAGACAUCCCUACACUUUAAAACAGACCCUCAACUCACACAGCCAGCAGAAGGCACUACCUUGCCUGGCCUCUUCAACAUCCUACCCCUGCACCCCUCCAAGCCAAAUGGGCGGCCUGAUGAUUGGGGACGCCCAAAAGGUUUUCGACUACUACAAAUGUGCUCUAGAUCCAAAUUAUAUCCUUACAAGGGUGAGAACAAGCCGCGAUGGUGGCCUUCCGAACUCAACUGAGGCGCCGGAUCAACUUGGAAAAGAUGGCUGCACCCAGCUCCUUAUCCAUAUUAUUUACCGUCUCGGGAGAUUUGAGGAGCUUCAGAAAAUUGCCAACUCUAAUACAUCACUGUCCAACACUACGAUCGAAAUCCUUAAUGAGAUCUACAACGUACGACAGAUGGAGGAGCAACAUGAGCAGGGUAAAAUUGGUAUCCCUAGCCUGCAAAUGUAG